UUCGAAAUAGUGCCGGAUUUCAAAGUGACGUGAAAAAGCUUGACUAAAGUUCAUCAAUGUGAGCUUAAACUGUUAAACUCUGAAUGGCAGGCAUUUCCUCAAAAUCAAAUACUGCCCAUUUUCCCUACACAGCCUCUGAGCGGACAGUCUAUAUGCUUUAUGUGAGACACCUACUUAAAUAUGGCCCCCUUCCUCCUCCGCCACCACUUUUUUUUCUCCCCCUCUCCUGCUUUUAUCCAUUUCUCCACGUGGUACAGGAGUAAAGGCAGGGGGUGAAAGAGGGGCAUUGUGUUGUGCAGCAGCGGGUCCGGGGGUUCAUAGUGAGAGAGGGGAGAUGCUCACUCAACUGUGUCCAGCACGCCAUUGUCAAAGAUUCCCAUCUAUUCUCUGCCUUUUAAAUAGAGCUCCAGUGUAAGAUGCUUUUUUUGGGUGGUGGUGAUGGUGCUGGGGGUGGGUAUUAUGCGCUCGGUGAUAACACACACGAAUUACAUGCAUGCAUGUGGAAUGGAUGUGUGGCCCCACUUGCAAACAUUAGCCGCUCGCUGCACUGUUGUUGAUAAUUGGCCCCGAGGAAAUCAAAGGCUACAUCUCGCCUAUCUACACUUCUCAGCUCAAUGCUGGGAAGGCAGAUUUUUGACUCACGCUGACGGAAACCACCUGCCAGCUUGACUUUAUUAUUCUGACGAGGAUCAAAGUAUAGGUGCAGAGCGCACGGGAGGACCGAGGCAUGGCACCUGAUUCCUAAGUUACCUGUUGAAUUAGUUUUACGCGUGUUACUGCAUCUUAAUCAGAGCCAUCAUCGUCUCUCUCUCUCUCUCUCUCUCUCUCUCGCACUCUCUCUCUCUUGCUGCAAUGAUUAAAACAUUUAUCUCGAACAAAAAGGCCACAUCUUACGCCCGUUUUAAUUUGUUUUUUAGACAUCCAACGGGCUUUGACGCCAUUGUCGGUUUUUUAUUGAAAGUUUAUGGCUGCAGCGUGAGAGUGUUAAGAAAAAUAAAGCUGAGGGGGGGCGAGAUAGAGAGAAAAAGAGAACCGGGGAGGCUGUGUGUUGCACGCCAUUCAAAUGCAAAUAUCAUAGAACAAGGAGUGGUUCUGUGUGCGUGUGUGUAUAUGGUGUGUAUGUGUGACUGUGUGUGCGCUCCCUGUAUGUGCAUGCAGUGGGGCAGCAGUGGGAGAGGAGGGGCGCAAAUUGGACAAGUUUUUUUGGGGGGUAGAAGAGACUUUAGAAAACAGCCACACACACGGCAAGCUUCAUGUGACACGGUGCAGCCCGGCGGAUUUCCAAACAUCACUUUUUCUUUUUGGAACUUUGUUCCAUGAAAGACCCGCUCUUUCAAAACUCCCCCUUUCUUCUUCUUCUUCUUCUUUCUUUUUUAAAGCCAAGGACUUGCAACACAUCUUAAAUUUGGAUGCUUUCGGAAGCUCGUCCAAGUGCGCAAGAAAAAAAACGUGCCUUGUGCCAUUGAACCGACGGAUGCCCCCCUCUCCGUCUGACUCGCCGUGAAUCAUGUCACGCCGGAAACAGAAGAGACCCCAGCAUCUCGUUAACGCGGAUCCAGGGGGCCCGAGGCUGCAGUCGCACGAUGACCAUCUGGGCUUAAAGUCACCAUCCACAUCUCUCGGCUCAGAAGUGACCUCAUCAGGAUCCUCCUCCUCCUCAUCCCCCACAUCUCUUCAAGAUUGCCAGCCGCCUCUGGCCCCUCGCCCAUCCCCUGGAGGGCUCCACGCGCCCUCCUUACCCAGCGAGAGCUCGCCUCCUCCCACUGGCCCAGCCACAUCGCCCCCUUCACAACAUCUCUUCCCAACACCCACUCCUCCCUCUCCCCGGACUUCCCUCACCCGUCGCUGUCUUCCCAGACUCACUCGCCUCCCCCCCUGGGUCAGACCUCUGGUUCCCACAGCCAAGGGAACUCUCACUCCACCAUGACCUCCCCGCAGACUGGAAGUUCAGCCACCACCACUACCUCCACCUCCUCUUCCUCCUCCUCUUCCCAGUGUGUGCCACCUCACCGUGAAAGCUCAAGUCCAGGUCAACAGCAGGCUACCAGCUCACCAGGGGAGCAGGGACAGAUCCAGGUCCCUCCCACGCUGGCGGUGCUCUUAGAGGAGCUGAGGGUUUUACAGCAGCGCCAAAUCCACCAGAUGCAGAUAACAGAAGAGAUCUGCAGGCAUGUUCUGAGGCUCGGAGGAGCCGUCUUUGGCCAGGACAACAAUGCACAAGCCAGUGGAACGGAAAGCAACCAGAAACCUAAUGGAGCGGCAUCUUCAUCCCCAACACAUCCUUCCACUGCCACUCCAGUCACCACAGCCUCGUCACUUUUGACUGGCCUUCCAUCAGCUCUCUUCCCCCAACCGGCUGUCUCCAAGUCAGGCGCUUCACACAACAACAGCAGCAGAGCUGCAUCUUCCUCUACCUCAUCCUCAUUAUCAUCUUCUUCCUCAUCUAUUUCAUCCACUAUCAGCUCCUCUGUUGCCUCCCUACACCCCUUGUCCCUUUCGCUGGGCCUGCCACCGCGCUACCUCCAUGAAAAAUCAUCUAACACCUCUUCAUUCGCUCACAGUAAUGGUGUCAGCUUCCCAACUCCUUCACUUCCUCCCACCAGCCAUCCCCAGGACCUCCAGUCCAGCUCCUCUCUUACCUCUGCCUCCUCAUCAGGACGCCCUCAGCACAUCUGCCGCUUUUGUGGGAAGGUGCUGAGCAGCGACUCGUCCCUGCAGAUCCACCUGAGGUCCCAUACAGGGGAAAGGCCCUACCAGUGUCCAGUCUGCCUGAGCCGUUUCACAACCAGGGGGAACCUUAAAGCUCAUUUCCUGCGACACAGAGAGCAGAACCCAGAGCUGUCGCUCUCCCUGCUGCCCCCAGCGCUAUCAGAGCAGACGCAGGGCGGAUCGGCCACAGGUAGCAUCCAGAGGAGGCGCAAACGGCGAGCGGAUGAUGAUGAAACAUUUAACGGAGUGAAAGGAAGCGUUCCCGGCAUGACAGAGAGCAUGGCUUUAGGAUUCCUGUCCAGUGGCUCGGCUCGGGCCUCGCCUUCCUCCCUACCUCUGCCCCCCUCUGUGGACAUGGCUCUGCUGUCCACAGCCCAUUCGCUGCUACAGCUGAACAGAGCUUCAGCGGCAGCUGCUGCAAGCGCAUCCAGCAGUGUGCUCCCAUCUUCCUCUUCGUCAUCUUCCUCCUCUGUGGGCAGCCAGUUUAAAGGAGCAAAGCAGCAGCGCUUUGACGAAAACACUCCUCCUCACUCGAGCCUCCAUUCAGCCUCGCCGUACUCCCAGCUGGCUCACCUGCCUAAGAUUCUCUUCCCUGGAGGUACUUCCCCUCACCACCUCGCGCUUCUCCGGCCACCGGGACACCCAUCCGCCUCCCACCUCACUUCGCCUCAUCAGCUACCCUUCCCUUUCCCACCUUUCCCCAAACCAUCUGCCUCCUCCCCCUCCUCAUCCUCUCCCACUACCUCUACCUCUGACACAUCCAAGUUGCAGCGGCUGGUACAGAAGCUUGAAAAGCAGCCUCACACAGGUGUCUCCUCCUCUUCUUCUGCCUCUUCGCCCUCCACCUCCUCACACACCACUACUGAAGCCAACGGAGACACCCAUGGCCACGACCUGACCACCACCUCCAGUGCCUACCGCAGGGAAAUGUUGGCUGCUCUUGGACUGAGUCCUAGUGCUAAUGCUGCAGGAUCAGAGACAAGCCAGGGUUCGGGCGCUACCCCAUCUCUGCCCGCCGUCCAGGCUGCUAAUCAGUGUGGUGUGUGUUUGCGUGUUCUCAGCUGCCCUAGAGCUCUUCGCUUGCACCAGGCCACACAUUUGGGAGAACGCCCGUUCCCUUGUAAGCUUUGUGGUCGCUCCUUCUCAACAAAGGGCAGCCUUAGGGCCCACCUGGCCACUCACCGUGCGAGGCCGCCCAAUAGCCGUGCCCUGAACUCCUGCCCGCUGUGCCCACGCAAGUUCACCAAUGCCCUGGUUCUUCAGCACCACAUCCGCUUGCACCUCGGAGGGCAGAUACCGCCCGAUGAAGAUGUGCCCCCCGAAGACGCUGCAGAAAUGGACAGUGGCGUCUUUGAUGAUGGCGAGAAUGACUCCGUUAGCACCCAAUCUAAAACACAACUCCUUCCUCUGGCCUUAACAACAGGCACCAAGUCUCAAAUUGAUGCUCUAAGCUCAGGGUCCACUUUUAAACAAUCUGCAGCUAAUGACACCACAUCUGUGAAGACAGAGGAGUCAGAGCGCUCCACGCCCAGUGUUAGCCCACCUCUGACCCAUAACCUCACUUCAGCAGGACCAGAGGACAGCAUCCCAGCUGACCGUAGCCCGGUGAAUGGCUCCAUGUCCUCUGAGGAGGAGACCCACACUGACCUGGGCAGCCCUUUCAAAGCACCCCCAGCUUUGGCAAAUGGAGAUUCAGAGAGUGAUGACGUCCCCCUUUCUCUCUGCAUUUCAAAGCCUGGUGUAGAAAAUGAUCUGCCACACAGAGGCGUCAAUCAUGAUGAAGAGUCCUCGACAGAUAAACCCACAAUAACUCCUGAUUCUAACCCAGCUGCAAAUCCCGUACCUUCACUCCCCCUUCCUGUCAGCCCCACAGCUAUCCCAGAAGCAGAUGAGGCCUGUGGCAGCGCACCACAUGAGUCACAAGAGCGAGAUGCUGUCCACAGUAAAGGGAAAAGUGAAACACCCAGAGAGUCUUUGUCUGGGUUAGACACAGAGCUGGACAAGGACACUCCAGAAAAGCCUUCUGUAGAUGCUGAGCCCUCUGUCCCAGCAGCAUCAGCACCAACACCAGCACCAACAGCACACACACAGCCUCAUCGCCCAGAGAAACCCUACAGCUGCUCCCACUGUGGAAAGGCGUAUGCUAGCCGGAGCGGACUUAAGGGCCAUAUGAAGACCCACCCCGGAGUGCUGACCAGUACCCCCUCCAAGGCUCAAACCAAUGACAAUGACUUUGCGGAAGAUCGUAAAAACGCCGCACAGCAGGAUGAAAAGCAGGGAUUGGUUAAAUCCCCCGAGAAAGGCGACAGCACGGAUCCUCUGCCGAACAGCUGUGACGCGGCAGACGAGGCUAUGGACACCACAGCGUAGAAAGUUAGUGCUGUUGAACGUCAGUUUUUAAGGGUCCUGACAAGGGAAUGUAUUUUUCUUUUACUUAAUAGAACGAGAUUUGUUUCCUAGAGUAAUAAUAAUUCUAAUUCAUAUUUACCUUUUUGUUAGGCAGAUAGGUCUGCUGUAGUUUAUACUGUAGUGUGAUUCCAGUGAUUUUGUGAAUGUAGUGUUUUAGCUAUGUAUUUUUCUAUUUUGGAGACCACAGUGAGGCCUUAUUUACACACUUCACAGCAUUACCAUGAGCUGAAUUAUUUGUUCUUUUUCCUGUUAUCGUGGUGCUUGUUCAGCACAGACUGUAUGAUGGCUGAUUUUUGUGUUUUUUUGUUUGUUUUUUUAAAGAAGAAGAGUGUCCAGAAUUUUACAAAAUGAACUCAAUACCAAAACAGGCCAGAUUAGGAAUGGCCAGAGUUUGUACAUACAGCUGCGGUUACAUUUUAAGACUUCUUAUUGUUUCCUACUUUGUUCCUUUUUUAAAAAUGUGAUGCUGCUGAAUGCAUGUGCCGAGCUACACUGUGAGCUGCACUUUGCCUUGUGCUGCCGAAAAACCUGCUGAAAUGAUUGAAUCCGUGAUGCUGUUUGGUCAUAAUGCUGCCGGUGACUGUGUGAGUCCCGUACUUAAAGCUGUAAGCUCCCCCGGCCCUCACAGGGCCCUGUUUGUGUUGCUGUAUUGAUGAUUGUUGUUAUCUGCAUUGUGAAACCCGCAACAAGUAUGAGCCCCGUCCGUUACAACCGCCCUCCCGCCUCCUCCUUCAUCCUCCCUUCUCUCUCAGAGCACUUGAGGGUGUCCCGCUCCUGCACCAACUGUCUGCACUCACUGCAUUCCUGUUUUAGCUCAGUUUAGCUUUUUGUAUGCUUUGCUCCCCCCUUUGUAAACCCUUUUUUUCUUUUUUUGUAGCAAAGACAAAAAUAUGUUCCCAUGAGAUGUAUAAAAGAUAAAUAAAACAAAAGGCAAUGUGAAGAGGAGACCUGUUUGUUGCUCGUCUG